UACGAAGGUGGGUCGCUGCCGCUGCGGGCACUCCUGCAAGUUGCAGCGCGCGAGUCGACAACACAAAUUUUGAGACCAUUCACAACUCACUAGCACAACAUGGCGCAAUCGGACGAGGAGGAUGACUACAUGAAUAUGGUGUUUGAGGAUGCGCCAAAGGGACCAAAGUACGAGACUUCCCUCCAGCGCGCCGCACGCAAGCGCAAAGAGGGCGAAGCCAAAGCGCGACAAAAGACCAAGGCCGAACGAGAAGAAGAGGCCGAAGCUGCACGAGAAGCUGCCCUCGCUACUGCCCUGCCCGAAACCAACAAGGGAUUCAAGAUGAUGGCCAAAUUUGGUUUCAAGCAAGGCGACGCUCUGGGCAAGUCCGAAGACGCGCGCAAAGAGCCCAUACGAGUCAACCCCAAAGACGAUAGAGGCGGCAUUGGGCUGGAGUCGGAAAAGAAGCGCAAAUUCAGAGAACAGUUCGAGGAAGCGGAUCGACUGGCAAAGCGCGCAAAGGAAGAAGAGGGUGAUUACCUGGAGAUAAUGCGCCAAGAACAGAAAGAGAAGAAGGCCGAACGGGAUUUGGACAGCGCGCAGAGGACAGCCGAGCGUUUGUCUGACAAGAAGGCUGAAGAGAAAGGCGCCCCAGACACGAGCGAGAAACCACUGAAAGACAUCAACGUACUCUGGCGUGUUCGUGCGCGACGCAGGGCCGAGAAUAGCCGCGACAAGCAGCAACGACGAGAACUGAACAAUAGCAUUUCGUCGCGACUACCCACGUUAGCCCCCGAAGACGAUGACGACGAUUCGAAGAUAGCACAAGGCCGGGAUCUUGCGCCGUUCUACACUACGCUCGAAAACGAGCUAGAGGAUGAAGAUCCAGAGCUGGCAGAGUUUGAGGCCUUGCCUGUAGCAGAGCGAUUACAGAAGCUUUUGGUAUUUCUUCGCGAAGAGUACCAUUAUUGUCUAUACUGUGGAUACGAAUAUCCUGACGCCCAAAUGGAAGGAUGUCCAGGAGUGACUGAGGAGGAGCACGAUUGAGAGACCUAGAUCUUCUCUACAUGAAGAUGUUUGAUAACGCAAGCUACGAGCACGAAUCCGCUCUACUUUCAGCCUGAAAUAGGUGAGAACACGAAUUGACACACGGGACCGGCGUAAUAUUCGGCUAGUAUAACAUCGCGUGGCUUCGCAAUUCAAAC